GUAAACUAUAAAAAGCUACUUUCACUUUGACUUCGUCAGGUUUAUAGCGAUAGACCUGGUAGGUUGUAGAUUCAUGUUCCCACAAUCAACAUGAGGCUAGUAGCACUGGCUCUAUGUACACAGCCAUGUUUGAGGGCUCUGCUUCCAUGUGUGGGCACAUCUGUAGUCAGACGGACGAGUCACAACAAAAGGUCAGUGCCACUGUUGGCUGGUCAUGGUUAUAGAAAUUAUGGAAGUCAUGCAGACACACCAGAACGAUUUGAGGAUUACGAAUGGCACAGGAAGUGGAUGGAAAGUGAGUCCAAGAAAGAAAAUCUCCCAGAGUACUAUAAUUUUGCUCGAGAUGCGAUAGACAGAUGGGCAGCCCUAGAACAGACAGGAGUAAGACAGCUGUCCAACCCUGCCUUGUGGAUUACAAAUGAUGAUGGGGAGGACCAAACAUGGAGCUUCCAGGAUCUGUCUAUUCUAUCAAAGAGGACAGCCAAUGUUCUUAUUCACAAAUGUGGCCUUGACCCCGGAGAUAAACUCAUCCUUAUUCUUCCACGAGUCCCAGAGUGGUGGUUCGUCAAUAUUGCAGCAAUAAGAGCAGGUUUGAUAUUGAGUGCAGGUACAGUUUUACUGCGACCAAACGACAUCAAACACCGUGUCCAGUUGUCAGGGGCCAAAUGUAUCAUAGCAGAUCGUCUGUCUGUGGACAACAUAGACAAGAUUGCUGACCAAUGUCCUUCUUUGAAAUCCAAAGUUUUUGUCGGCAGUAAGUCGGAAACAAGGCCUGGUUGGCUGAACUUUGAGGAUGUACUAUCUAAAGCCAGCGAUGAAUUUCAGACAGUUAACUCUAAAUUUGACGAUCCUAUGACUGUGUUUUUCACGAGUGGGACAACAGGGACUCCCAAGAUGGCACAGCACACCCACGGGAGCUAUGGUUAUGGCAACAUCAUUACAGCAAGGUACUUCCUACAGUCAACAGAACACGAUGUGGUGUGGAAUAUGUCUGACACAGGGUGGGCCAAGUCGGCCUGGAGUAGUCUGUUUGCCCCCUGGUUACGAGGCUCCUGUGUGUUUGCCCACCACACAGACAAAUUUGACCCAGAGUUAACACUCAAGAUCCUGGAUACAAAGCCAGCCAUCAGUGUGUUUUGUGCUGCUCCGACCGCUGUAAGGUUCCUAGUCCAGCAGGCACUCAGUCAGUAUAAACACGGAAAGCUUCACUGUGUCAGUGCUGGGGAGCCUUUGAACCCCGAGCUGCUGGAGGAGUGGAAAUCUGGGACUGGACUAGACUUGUACGAGGGCUAUGGUCAGACAGAAACGACAUUUUUGUGUGGCACAUAUCCUAUAAUGGAGAACAGGCCAGGAUCAAUGGGGAAAGCUGCUCCAGGGAUUGACCUCAGGAUUGUUGAUGAUGAAGGGGUAGAAUUACCACCAAAUACUGAGGGCAACAUUGGAAUCAAUACCAACAACUACCGUCCCAUCGGACUCUUCUCUGGCUAUGUGGGAGACCCCGAUCGGACAGCGUCUGUUUUUCAAGGUGGAUACUACUUGACUGGGGAUCGUGCUAAGAUAGACGAGGAUGGAUAUGUGUGGUUCAUUGGACGUGCAGAUGAUGUCAUCCUCACAUCAGGAUAUCGGAUAGGGCCAUUUGAGGUGGAGAGUGCACUUAUAGAACACCCCUCUGUGUUAGAGUCUGCUGUGGUCAGUAGUCCAGAUCCUGUCCGUGGAGAGGUAGUGAAAGCUUUUGUCACAUUGACUAGUGAAUACCAAACUGCUGACCGAAACAAGCUGACCAAAGAACUCCAGGACCAUGUUAAAACUGUGACUGCUCCAUACAAGUAUCCAAGGAAGAUUGAAUUUGUGGACCAGCUGCCCAAAACUGUAAGUGGAAAAAUACGACGUGUGGAAUUACGUGGCAAAGAAUGGGACCACAAACCUGAGAACUGAUGACCAUUAUAUAUUGAGGGACACAUUGAGUUCUCUAGUGGUAGUGAGAUGUGUGAAAUGUUUCAGUUGGUGCAGAUGUUAUAUUUCUUCAUCAUGGGAAAGAAAAAAGGAUGAACAUUAGCAUUUUAUACAGAAUUUUAAAUUAGAAGUAAGUGAAUUCCAAAGUCUUAGUACAUGCAUACAGUAUAAAUACACUAGAGUUCAAUAUUCACAAGAGCUCAAUAUUCACUAGAGUUCAAUAUUCACAAGAGCUCAAUAUUCACAAGAGUUCAAUAUUCACAAGAGCUCAAUAUUCACAAGAGUUCAAUAUUCACAAGAGCUCAAUAUUCACAAGAGUUCAAUAUUCACAAGAGCUCAAUAAUCACAAGAGUUCAAUAUUCACAAGAGUUCAAUAUUCACAAGAGCUCAAUAUUCACAAGAGUUCAAUAUUCACAUGAGCUCGAUAUUAAAAAAAUUGUAGGAGCAAAAGAAGUAUGGAUGUUCGACUGUAUGUGGAAAUUAAAGGCAGUGUUGUAAUUGAGAGUUGUCGAUAGAUUGUAAAUGAGAGAGUACUGAUGACUCUGUCUCAUUAACCUAGAACCACCAUAGAGUGAUGAUAUUUGGCCAAUAAGAAGCCCAUCAAAGUUUAAAAAAGAAAAUUACCUUAAGCUGUAUUCUAGGUCACAGGGUUCAAAUUUGUUAAAACCUUUAAAAAUACUUCUUCUCAUAAACCGAAAGGCCUAUGAUCAUGAUAUCUGGCUGGUGGGUUCCUAGGAUGAAGCCCAACAACAGUUUCAAAAAAGAAAUGAUCUUUACCCAUGUUCAUGUUCACAGGGUCAAAUUUAUUAAAACAUUCCAACAACCGCUUCUCACAAACAAAUGACUCUUAUCUGGCAGGUAGGUUCCUGGGAUUGAGUCCCACAAAGUUUGAAAAAAGAAAUUACCAUGACCUACAUUCAGGGUCACAGAGGUCAAAUAUGUUAAAUCAUUAAACAGACUUCUUCACACAAACCAAAAGCCCUUUUUGAUAAUAUUUGGCUGGUAUGUUCACUUGAUGUUACACAACGAAAUGUGCCAUAAUAAAUUGCCUUGUUCCAUGUUCAAGGUAACAGAGGUCAAAUAACUUAUUCUGCUAAAGAGAAAGGUCUAGAAUCAAGUUGUUUUGAUUAUUACUGAAAGGCAGAGAAUGACCAGGUGAGAGAUGCUGGUAAUCUUGGGUCUAUGUGACCAAACAAAUAUGUACAAAUGUCAGGGUUUUUUAUCGUGCUAUUGGUGCCUCAUGAAUCAGUUUGUACAGAGACCUUUAUAUUUUAUUUAGUUCUCUGGUCUAAACUCUUAACCUGUGUAUAUUAGUAGAGGAAACAAUCUUCAAGUAACUUCAUCACAAUGUGAGUUAAAUCAAUACCUACAUUUGUAGAUGUUGUGAUCAUUUAUAUUUGGCUAUUUUGUUUACACAUCUUUUGUAUACAAAAUGUAGCAAGACAACAUAUUUUUAUAAUAUCUACAUUUACUAUGCAAUACAAUUAUUUUGUGAUAUGUUUUGUAAGGAGAGUUUAGAUUAUUUUACAUAAAGGUUAUGAUUUCUCCAUAUGGCAAAUGGCGACAAAAUAUUAUACUCAGACGAUACAAAUAUAAUUUUAUCUGUUGUAUUCAUAGACCAAUAAACUGACACUUAUGUAAAACAGUGAGUUGGUGUAUAAGGAUUUCAUGUUUGAUACUUACAAAAACCACUUUUUAGGUCAAGUUUUAGUGUCAAGUGACCUUGACCUACUUUAAAGUUCACAGGGGUCUAAUGUGUGUAAAUCUGGCAAUGACUUCUUCUCAAUAACCACCAGGCCCAGGCUCAUUAUAUUGGGAUAAUAGCAUUCUUACAUGAAGGAAUACCAAGUUUGUUAAUCAAACCUUGAUAUAAGGGGGCCACGGUGGCCGAGUGGUUAAGGUGUCCCCACACUUUAACACUAACACUCCAUCUCUGAGUUGCGAGUUCGAAACCUACGUGGGGCAGUUGCCAGGUACUGACCGUAGGCCGGUGGUUUUUCUCUGGGUACUCCGGCUUUCCUCCACCUCCAAAAGCUGGCACAUCCUUAAAUGACACUGGCUGUUAAUAGGACGUUAAACAAAAACAAACCAAACCAAAACCUUGAUAUACAUAUACGAAUGUACUUUCAAGGUCACAAGAUGUUUUAAAUCUUUUAUAAAAAAAAAAAUCAUCUAUCGGUAUAGACUCCAUAACUCAGGUGACCAAUAUUUUUUUGUUAUUAUUAUAUAUACUGAUUAUUCUCACAAUCAGAAAUAGAAUAUGUUACUGACCACAGAUUUGAUAAUUGUCUUUUUGCAUUGUCCUUACACAUACAAUAUAUUGUCAGUUCUGGUUUUAUGAACUACUACUAUUAUUUUACUCGUUUUUUUUUUAAAUACUGUGAGUACUAUAUAUAUUAUAUUUGCAGCAAUUUUGUAAAAUAAAUAUACUCUUUACCAGUCUGUGGCCUUUUGUU